AUGGAGGACAAGAAGAUGAUCAUGGAGAAGAAGGCGGCGCAAGUGGUGGUGGCGGCGGCGUUAGAGGAAGAGGAGGAGGAGGUGUUCCUUCCCGGGUUCCGGUUCCACCCCACCGACGAGGAACUGCUCAGCUUCUACCUCAGGCGGAAGGUGCGGAGGAAAGCCUUCUCCAUCGACCUCAUCAGGGAGAUCGACAUCUACAAGCACGAUCCUUGGGAUCUUCCAAAGGUCGGUGGCGGCGGAGUAGAGAAGGAAUGGUACUUCUUUUGCCUGCGAGGGAGGAAGUACAGGAACAGCAUCCGGCCGAAUCGCGUCACCGGCUCAGGCUUUUGGAAGGCCACCGGCAUCGACCGCUCCAUCUACGGCGGCUCUGGCGGCGGCGACGCCUGCAUCGGCCUCAAGAAGUCACUGGUUUACUACAGAGGGAGCGCCGGAAAAGGCACCAAGACGGACUGGAUGAUGCACGAGUUCCGUCUCCCUCCUCUUUCCGACAACAACAACAACAAUGAAAAGCAGAGCACUCUGCAAGAUCAUCAAGCGGAAAUUUGGACGAUAUGUCGAAUUUUCAAGAGGGCGAGUUCCUGCAAGAAGAGCAAAUCUCCGGUGAAGUUCAGCGAGAAAACCGACGACCUUGCUGCUCCGAGCGACUCGAGCUCUAAGGCGAGUAGCUUCGAGUCCGAUCAGGCGGCCGCCUCCUCCCCUUGUCCGCAUGAAGAAGGCAAAUCCGCCAGAAGCAAUAAUAAUAACAAUUAUUAUAAUUGUUAUUACGAGGAAAAUAAGAGUGAUAAUUUUUAUGAAAUUAAUAAUGGAGGGCAAUAUCUAUGGAACAAUUAUUCGUUCGAGCAACUGGCUCCGGAGCCGGCGCCGGAGACGACAGGCUUCGAGGUGAACGACUGGUUCAACGACGGCAACUGGGAUGAGAUCGAGCGGAUGGUGGAGGCGUGGAGCUGAUGAACGACCAAAGCGUCGGCUAUCAGUAUCAAUACUGAUAACUUUAUUUUUGAUUAAAAAAUAUUUCUAUGUUAUUAAACUAUAUAUAUACACACGCGACGAUUAUACCCUACACACGCAAUGUGUGUGGGUUACAUGUGUGGGCGUCUGUCAUGCGGAGAGGCACUUCCGAUGAGGUGCCUCCGUGCAUGUGAGGGGCAAGCACGCGCGUCGCGAACAGACGUUGUAUUGGCUAUAUAUCAACAGCGUGUAUAUGUAUAUUUUAAAGGAAGGAGAAAGAGACAGA